UAUAAUGCAUCAUACCUGUUGGCGCUUUAAUGAAGACUCUCCCUGACGCAACACGUUAAGCCUGCUGAUAAAUCUGAUUUGCACUGUGUGAAAUGAAGGAGAUGAAGAAGGACGCUUUUAUUUAUUCUAGACUUGUUUUAAAGUAGUCUGUCGACCCCACUGGGAGAGGCUGCUGAGACUACAGACCUUUUCUUCAUGGUUUCUCUUGGGAGACUUCAUUCAGUAGGAAAUGACGCGAGGUCAGAAUUUGCAGGUAUGUUUUGUAUUUUGCGGAGGUUUCCCAACGUGGAAUUAGAAUGAAUGUAUUGAAAUGAAUAGAAAUGAAUUGUUAUUGAUGGAUCGCUCCUGGUGACAGUUGGACUGCAGUGGUCGUCUGCGUCCACUAGGGGGGGUUGUUGAGGUCUGUAGCUUUCCUAGCAGGACACAGUGGUUGUGGGAUUGAAAUGAAGGUAUUUAUGACCGUGUAUACAACAUGUACAUGGGCAGGGGUUUCUCCUGACAUAACCUAACCAGGGAAACCUCUGGGCUGGGGUUGGGCGCUACCCACACUUCCAUACUGUUCCUGUACCAUACUGGGGCGUACGGUACGACCAGAAGUGCACACAAAGACACUAUUUCAAAUUAUUAUUAUUUUAAACUUUUUACGAUAUGGAAAAUCAUACCGUGGGUAUUUUGAGAUACCCUGGUAUACAGUAUAUCGGCCUACUCUGGACCCUCAGUAUAUACUACUGCCUGUAUAGGUAUAUUGGCCUACUCUGGACCCUCAGUAUAUACUACUGCCUGUAUAGGUAUAUUGGCCUAUUCUGGACCCUCAGUAUAUACUACUGCCUGUAUAGGUAUAUUGGCCUACUCUGGACCCUCAGUAUAUACUACUGCCUGUAUAGGUAUAUUGGCCUACUCUGGACCCUCAGUAUAUACUACUGCCUGUAUAGGUAUAUUGGCCUACUCUGGACCCUCAGUAUAUACUACUGCCUGUAUAGGUAUAUCGGCCUACUCUGGACCCUCAGUAUAUACUACUGCCUGUAUAGGGAUGUUACGAACUCUGCUUGUGUUCUAGAUGGAACCCUAUAUAGUUCACUAUAUCUCGCUGUCUGCCUGUCUCUCUCCCUCUCGGUCUGCCUGUCUCUCUCCCUCUCGGUCUGUCUGUCUCUCUCCCUCUCGGUCUGUCUGUCUCUCUCCCUCUCUGUCUGUCUGUCUCUCUCCCUCUCGGUCUGUCUGUCUCUCUCCCUCUCGGUCUGUCUGUCUCUCUCCCUCUCGGUCUGUCUGUCUCUCUCCCUCUCGGUCUGUCUGUCUCUCUCCCUCUCGGUCUGUCUGUCUCUCUCUCUCCCUCUCGGUCUGUCUGUCUGUCUCUCUCUCUCCCUCUCGGUCUGUCUGUCUGUCUCUCGGUCUGUCUGUCUGUCUCUCUCUCUCCCUCUCGGUCUGUCUGUCUGUCUCUCGGUCUGUCUGUCUGUCUCUCUCUCUCCCUCUCGGUCUGUCUGUCUGUCUCUCGGUCUGUCUGUCUGUCUGUCUGUCUGUCUGUCUCUCUGUCUGUCUGUCUGUCUGUCUCUCUCAUAAGGUGCCAUUUGGGACACAUUCUAUUUAUUUUUCUCUCUAGAUGUUUUGCACUCUGACCUCCUGCUAUAGAAACAUAUACAUGUACAUUGUCAAUGUAAAAAUCAACACUGUUUCCCUGAUGUGAAAACACAAGUCCAUCUGAAUGACAACAUGCAGACAGGGUCUAAAGUAGUGCACUAUAUAGGGAGUAGGGUGCCAUGGGGCUCUGGUCUAAAGUAGUGCACUAUAUAGGGAGUAGGGUGCCAUGGGGCUCUGGUCUAAAGUAGUGCACUAUAUAGGGAGUAGGGUGCCAUGGGGUUCUGGUCUAAAGUAGUGCACUAUGUAGGGAAUAGGGUGCCAUGUGAGAUACAGGUGGUCUGUUUGUAUUUCAGUUGGUGUGUCAGUCUUUACUAGCCAGGAUGCCAGAUAUGUUUGUUGUGACUGUCUGUGUAGAAGCUGGAGACGGGCUGGUGUAACCUGGCAACCCCGCUGGAUCAUUUCCAACAGGGAUGACUAAUCGUCUCUACAAAAAGGU